CCCCCCGCCGCCGGCCUCCGAGACGUGCCGCCCUGACAGUUUGAGUUUACUUUUUGUCUUAGUUGGCAACGCGGAAGGAUGUCGGAGACCGCGCCAGUCGCUCCUGUGGCGCCUGCACCCGCAGAGAAGGCACCUGUAAAGAAGAAAGCGAAGAAGAGCGGCGCUGCCGCCGGGAAGCGCAAGGCGUCCGGGCCGCCGGUGUCCGAGCUCAUCACCAAGGCCGUGGCCGCCUCCAAGGAGCGCAGCGGCGUGUCCCUGGCCGCGCUCAAGAAGGCGCUGGCGGCCGCCGGCUACGACGUGGAGAAGAACAACAGCCGCAUCAAGCUGGGCCUCAAGAGCCUGGUGAGCAAGGGCACCCUGGUGCAGACCAAGGGCACCGGCGCCUCGGGCUCGUUCAAGCUCAACAAGAAGGCGGCGUCCGGGGAGGCCAAGCCCAAAGCCAAGAAGGCGGGCGCGGCCAAGCCCAAGAAGGCUGCCGGGGCGGCCAAGAAAGCCAAGAAGACCGCGGGGGCCGGCACCCCCAAGAAGAGCGCCAAGAAGACCCCAAAGAAGGCGAAGAAGCCCGCGGCGGCGGCGGCGGCUGCGGGCAAGAAAGUGGCGAAGAGCCCGAAGAAGGUGAAAGCGGCCAAACCGAAGAAGGCGGCCAAGAGCCCCUCCAAGGCCAAGGCCCCGAAGCCCAAAGCGGCCAAGUCCAAAGCUGCCAAGCCUAAGGCGACAAAGGCAAAGAAAGCUGCGCCUAAGAAGAAGUGAAGGUUGUAGCGGCAUGUCCUGCCUCCGAAUUCUCAAAGGCUCUUUUCAGAGCCACCCAACUAUUUCAAGUGGAAGAGCUUAACUGGUAUCUUUAAGGUACUUUUUUCUGUUUCGUCUUUACACUCAUCCGUCAGCCUUUUUAGUUUCCUUCCUCCCCUCUUGUUCAAAUACUCCCGCCGGAGCAUGUGAUUGGUCCGCGGCUUUCGAAUUCCGUGGCUCUAGAGGGACCUGCCGCCUCUCCCUGCAAUUCUAAUCUGUAAGCUGUCACUAGGGCUACAGUUCUCGAGGAGAAGUUUGGUUGGUGGCUCUGAGAAGAACCUUUGACUGUUUGGGGUGGGUAACUCCUCACUUGCCCUUAGCUUUGUGGUGGCUCUCGGUCUUCUUGGGCAGCAGUUGGGCAGGACGCCGCCCUGCGCGAUGGUGACGCGGCCCAGCAGCUUGUUGAGCUCCUCGUCGUUGCGGAUGGCCAGCUGCAGGUGGCGCGGGAUGAUGCGCGUCUUCUUGUUGUCGCGGGCCGCGUUGCCCGCCAGCUCCAGGAUCUCGGCCGUCAGGUACUCCAGCACGGCCGCCAGGUACACCGGCGCGCCGGCCCCGACCCGCUCGGCGUAGUUGCCCUUGCGGAGCAGGCGGUGCACGCGGCCCACCGGGAACUGCAGCCCGGCCCGCGACGAGCGCGUCUUGGCCUUGGCGCGAGCCUUGCCGCCCCGUUUCCCGCGCCCACACGUGUUUAGAGAAGGGGCUGUUGUGUAAAAAGCCGGUCUGAAGAAGGGGCUAUUAUAGUCACUGGAUGUUUCCUAAUGUUUCUUUCCCAUUGGUUUGCAGAUGUUGUUCUGAGUUAGCCAAUCAGAAGGUACUCUUGACUUGCUGUGCCCCCAGUGGUAGAAAAAUACUGCGCCAGUUAGAGGUUGACAUUAAAACUUGUAUAUGUUGUGGAGCAGUAGAAAAUCUUGUUUUUUUGUUUUGUUUUGUUUUGUUUUUUCCCCCUUGGUAAGUUUGAGGCCUCCUUUGGGGCACUAUUCACGCUAUUCUCCUCUAAAGCCGAAUAAUUAUUUAGCACCCCGAGGCUAAGGAUCAUUAAAAAGGGUAAAAGUCUUCUCUCGUGGUUUGUUAUUCAUCCUCUCUGCCAGAUUUGCUUCCCCUGGAUUGCUGAGAGGUCCCAGGGAGGCAUGGUUGGCUUGAAUAUUUAUGCUGAAUAAUGAAAGAAUAGAAAGGGUGAAGCGCAAUAAAAGAAAAAUCUCUGGGA